AUGGGCAAAGUCAUUAAUAAAGAUUUACGACAUUACCUGAGUCUUCAGUUUCAGAAAGGAUCAAUUGACCACAAACUGCAGCAAGUGAUCAGAGAUAAUCUCUACUUGAGAACCAUUCCAUGCACAACAAGGGCCCCCAGGGAUGGGGAAGUACCAGGGGUGGACUAUAAUUUCAUUUCUGUUGAACAGUUCAAAGCACUGGAAGAGAGUGGAGCAUUGUUAGAAAGUGGAACAUAUGACGGAAACUUCUAUGGAACUCCCAAGCCUCCAGCAGAACCCAGCCCUUUCCAGCCAGAUCCGGUUGAUCAGGUCCUCUUUGAUAAUGAGUUUGACACGGAAUCUCAAAGAAAACGAACUACAUCUGUAAGCAAGAUGGAAAGAAUGGACAGCUCUCUUCCUGAAGAGGAGGAAGAUGAGGAGAAGGAAGCUAUUAACGGUAGUGGAAAUGCAGAAAACAGAGAGAGGCAUUCUGAGUCAUCUGACUGGAUGAAGACUGUUCCAAGUUACAAUCAAACAAAUAGCUCCAUGGACUUUAGAAAUUAUAUGAUGAAAGAUGAGACUCUGGAACCACUGCCCAAAAACUGGGAAAUGGCCUACACUGACACUGGGAUGAUCUAUUUCAUUGACCACAAUACCAAGACGACCACGUGGUUGGAUCCUCGUCUUUGUAAGAAAGCCAAAGCCCCUGAAGACUGUGAAGAUGGAGAGCUUCCUUAUGGCUGGGAGAAAAUAGAGGACCCUCAGUAUGGGACAUACUAUGUUGAUCACCUUAACCAGAAAACCCAGUUUGAGAAUCCGGUAGAGGAAGCCAAAAGGAAAAAGCAGUUAGGACAGGCUGAAAUUGGGUCUUCAAAACCAGAUGUGGAAAAAUCACACUUUACUCGAGAUCCAUCCCAACUUAAAGGUGUCCUUGUUCGAGCAUCACUGAAAAAAAGCACAAUGGGAUUUGGUUUUACGAUUAUUGGUGGAGAUAGGCCUGAUGAAUUCUUACAAGUGAAAAAUGUGCUGAAAGAUGGUCCCGCAGCUCAGGAUGGGAAAAUUGCACCAGGUGAUGUUAUUGUAGACAUCAAUGGCAACUGUGUCCUUGGUCACACUCAUGCAGAUGUUGUCCAGAUGUUCCAGUUGGUACCUGUCAACCAGUAUGUAAACCUCACUUUAUGUCGUGGUUAUCCACUUCCUGAUGACAAUGAAGAUCCUGUUGUGGACAUUGUUGCUGCUACUCCUGUCAUCAAUGGACAGUCAUUAACCAAGGGAGAGACUUGCAUGAAUACUCAGGAUUUUAAGCCAGGAGCAGUCGUUCUGGACCAGAAUGGAAAAUCAGGACACACCUUGACCAGUGAUCGUCUCAAUGGACCGUCAGAUCCAGGCGAGCAGCGAGCAUCCAUGGCAUCGUCCGGCAGCUCCCAACCUGAACUAGUGACUGUCCCUUUGAUUAAGGGGCCUAAAGGCUUUGGGUUUGCAAUUGCUGACAGCCCUACUGGACAGAAGGUGAAAAUGAUAUUGGAUAGCCAGUGGUGUCAAGGUCUUCAGAAAGGGGAUAUAAUUAAGGAAAUUUACCAUCAAAAUGUGCAGAAUUUAACACAUCUCCAAGUGGUAGAGGUGCUAAAGCAGUUUCCAAUAGGUGCAGAUGUACCAUUACUUAUCUUAAGAGGAGGUCCUCCUUCACCAACUAAGACUGCCAAAAUGAAAACAGAUAAAAAGGAAAAUUCAGGAAGUUUGGAGGCCAUAAAUGAGCCCAUUCCCCAGCCUAUGCCUUUUCCACCCAGCAUUAUCAGGUCAGGAUCCCCGAAAUUGGAUCCUUCUGAGGUCUACCUGAAAUCUAAGACUUUAUAUGAAGAUAAACCACCAAACACCAAAGAUUUGGAUGUUUUUCUUCGAAAACAGGAAUCAGGGUUUGGCUUCAGGGUGCUAGGAGGAGAUGGACCUGAUCAGUCUAUAUAUAUAGGGGCCAUUAUUCCUCUUGGAGCAGCUGAGAAAGAUGGUCGGCUCCGUGCAGCUGAUGAACUGAUGUGCAUUGAUGGAAUUCCUGUUAAAGGGAAAUCACACAAACAAGUCUUGGACCUAAUGACAACUGCUGCUCGAAAUGGCCACGUGCUAUUAACUGUCAGAAGAAAGAUCUUCUAUGGAGAGAAACAACCUGAGGACGACAGCUCUCAAGCCUUCGUUGCAACACAGAAUGGAUCUCCCCGCCUGAACCGAACGGAAGUCCUAGCCAGGCCUGGUCCCCAGGAGGCCUAUGAUGUUGUCUUGCAACGAAAAGAAAAUGAAGGAUUUGGCUUUGUCAUCCUCACCUCCAAAAACAAACCACCUCCAGGAGUUAUUCCUCAUAAAAUUGGCCGGGUCAUAGAAGGAAGUCCAGCUGAUCGCUGUGGAAAACUGAAAGUUGGAGAUCAUAUCUCUGCAGUAAAUGGGCAGUCCAUUAUCGAAUUGUCCCAUGAUAACAUUGUUCAGCUGAUCAAAGAUGCUGGUGUCACCGUCACACUAACGGUCAUUGCUGAAGAAGAGCAUCACGGUCCACCAUCAGGAACAAACUCAGCCAGGCAAAGCCCAGCCCUGCAGCACAGGCCCAUGGGACAGUCACAGGCCAACCAUAUUCCUGGGGACAGAAGUGCCCUAGAAGGUGAAAUUGGAAAAGAUGUCUCCACUUCUUACAGACAUUCGUGGUCUGACCACAAGCACCUCGCACAGCCUGACACUGCAGUGAUUUCAAUUGUAGGCAGUCGGCACAAUCAGGGCCUUGGUUGUUACCCAGUGGAGCUGGAGAGGGGCCCCCGGGGCUUUGGAUUCAGCCUCCGAGGGGGAAAGGAGUACAACAUGGGCCUUUUCAUCCUUCGUCUUGCUGAGGAUGGUCCUGCCGUCAAAGAUGGCAGAAUUCAU